AUGGGCAAAAGAGGAGGCAAAAAGGGUGGCCGAGGUGGUGCCCGCGGAGGCGGCGGCGAAGGCCGUACGCGCGCCAAUUGGCAUGAUAUCACGAAAGAAAAUGAGAAGUUCGAACGUUACUACAAUGAACCCGAAUUCCUCCCCGAGGAGGAGCGGGAGAUCUUCUGGGCUACCAUGCGCAAAGAUCUUCCCAACAGUUUCCGCUUUACUGGUUCUCGAGGACACGCACUGGCUGUGCAACAACGUUUGAAGGACCAUCACAUCCCUGAAAUAACAUCCAUCAAAUACGAAGGCGAGUUUGUUGAGCCGCCGCGCCCAGUUGCAUGGUACCCCGACCAGCUCGCCUGGUCUAUGACCACCCCAAAGAACGUUAUUCGCCGAUUUGCACCUUUCGCUUCCUUUCAAAAAUUCCUUGUCGCCGAGACAGACGUUGGCAACAUCAGUCGCCAAGAGGUCGUCAGCAUGAUUCCCCCUCUUCUCAUCGAUGCUAGACCUGGCAUGGCCGUUCUCGACAUGUGUGCCGCCCCUGGUAGCAAGUCUGCGCAGCUCAUGGAACUCCUUCAUGCGGGCGAGGAAGAUGCCAUUGCUCAAGUUACCGAACAACUCAAGAGUGGAAACGCUGGACCUGAGCCCCUCGGCCCUGAAGGAUUGAACGAUGAUGGCCGAAGCACUGGCUUGCUGAUUGCCAACGACAGCGACUACAAGCGUGCACACAUGCUUAUUCACCAAAUGAAACGUCUGGCCUCCCCCAAUUUGAUUGUUACAAACCACGACGCCACUAUCAAGCCCAAGAACAGAUACUUGAAGUUUGACCGUAUCCUUGCUGAUGUUCCUUGCUCCGGAGACGGUACUGCUCGCAAGAACUCCGGUGUUUGGAAGGACUGGACUCCUGGCAAUGCUCUCGGACUCUACAGCAUUCAGUCUCGCAUCCUGGUCCGCGCUUUGCAGAUGCUUAAGGUUGGUGGACGCGUCGUCUACUCCACCUGCAGUCUGAACCCUGUGGAGAACGAGGCUAUCGUCGCCACUGCCAUUGCACGCUGCGGCGGUGCCGCUAAUGUCAAAAUCGUUGAUUGCAGCCAAGAAUUGCCCGGUUUGAAGAGAGCCACUGGUCUGCGCAACUGGAAGGUCAUGGACCGCGAAGGCCGCAUGUGGAACAGCUGGGAGGAGGUUGAGCAGCACCGUGACCAGGAAGGCAUCAACGGUCUUGCCAGACUCGCAGAGGGUAUGUUCGCACCCACUGGCGAGAAUGCCGAUAUGCCCUUGGACCGGUGCAUGCGUGUCUACCCUCACCAGCAGGAUACUGGCGGUUUCUUCAUCACAGUUCUUGAGAAGACCUCUGAGAUUCGCGCCAAGCCUGAGAACAGCAACGUUAUUCCCAAGGCCUCUGUUGCAGCUCUCGCCGCGGAGCUUGAUGCUAAGAAGACUGAGACUAAUGGAGAGCCCCUGGAGAAGCUUGAGACCUUGGAUGAACUUGUCACUCCCGAUCAAGAGGCCGAGGCUGAGGCUGCUAAGAAUGCCACUGUUGCCCAGGCUUCUCACCAACUUCCUUACUCUGCUACCCUUAACGAGUCGACUUCCGUUUCCCUCCCCAAGCGCGAGGCAAGUGACCUCGAAGAAGAAAUUCCUACCAAGAGAACCAAGCUCGACGAUGGCAGUGAGGUCCUCGUCGGUGACCGACCAGUCCACACUCCCGCACCUUCAGGGGGAACCGGCAUUCAGACUCCUGGUGACAGCACACCAGCUGCAGCUCCCACUCAGCUGAAGAAGAAGGGACCCCGUCAAGAGGAGCCAUUCAAGUACCUUGAUCCCAACCACGAGGAGCUCGGUCCUAUCUACGAAUUCUACAAGCUGUCGGACCGCUUCCCCCGUGACCGUUUCAUGGUCCGCAAUGCUGAGGGUCUCCCAACCCGCACCGUUUACUACACUAGUGCUCUCGCGCGCGAUAUCCUGACCUCUAACGAGGGCCAGGGUAUGAAGUUUGUCCACUGCGGCGUGAAGAUGUUUGUCAAGCAGGACGCACAGCGAGACAACGUCUGCAGGUGGCGUGUUCAGACCGAUGGUCUCAAGAUUGCUGAGCCCUGGUUGGGUCCUGACCGCUCUGUCAUUUUGACUAGGAAGGAGACCUUGCGUCGUCUUCUCGUGGAGAUGUUCCCCAAGAUCUCCGACGAUGGCUGGAAGUCUCUGGGUGAGAUUGGUGAGCGUGUCAAGGAUAUCCCCAUGGGAUGCAGUAUCCUGCGCGUUGAAGCAACCGGUGCCGAGGAUGGCCUCACUGAACCUAUGGUGCUGCCUCUCUGGCGCUCUGCCCAUUCCCUGAACCUUAUGCUUCCCAAGGAAGAGCGUCGCGCCAUGUUGCUGCGUAUUUUCAACGACUCCACCCCCCUCAUCAACACCACAUACAAGAAGACUGAAGAUGUUGUACCGACCGCUGAGGCCGAGGAGCUUGCGAUGGAAGAGGAGAACGUCGAGCUUGGCCAGGAUGCCCAGGAUGCUGUUGAUGAACGGGAGACAUACACCAAAGAUGGCGAUGAGGAGGAUCGUUUCAACACCACUGUUUAG